AUGAACCCUCUGCCGUCUAGUCGGCUGGUCUUCCUUUCCGACCUCAAGCGCACACGCGCGGGCGAGAAGGUGCGCUUCUUGGGCUGUGUUGAAUGCUACGACGUCUGUACUGCCACUUUGACCCUCAAGCAUGCUUACCCUGCAAAUCCGUCCACCAUCGCGCACGUCAACAUCGAGCAUGUCCUCGAGUCCGUGAAUCGCGACGACUUGGAAAUCGGUGCUUGGCUGAAUAUCAUUGGCACCGUCGCUCCGCCAACUACGUCCGCUAAACAGCGCAGUAAGAUGACGCAAAGAGAAACUGCGGCGGACAACGUGCAUGUCCUAGCCACCCUGCUCUGGAAUGCUGGGGAUAUUCAACUUGACGCAUACGAAAAGGCCGUAGAGGCUCGGAAGGCCGCCGAUGCCUUAUUCGAUCGUGCGUGA